AUGCAAUCUGCAUGUCGCCUUGAUGGAGUUCACGCGGUGCCGCCGGAAUCAUUGCCGCACGGAGUUCGAUAUUCUCCAAAAUUCACAACAUAUCCAACUGCACCAUUUUACAUGCUUAUCAGUGCCAUCAGCUAUAUUAUUCCGAAGAUCUUCUUUGUUCUUAUCUUGAAGGCAUUAGCAUUCCCAUUGGUUUAUAUUUGUGGAACUGCUUAUCUCAUUUCAUGGAAGGCUAAAGAAGAAAGAAAAAAAGAAUUACGCGAGAUUGCGAUCACAUUAAGAUCAAGACUUCGUCGCAAUGGAUCAAUUCGAAGUUACGCCAUACACUAUUUGCUAUACAAAUUGGGAUAUCUCUUAAAUUGUGCCAUCCAAAUAAUCGCUCUUCCCUAUUUUCUGGGUAUCAAUUUCGAUUCCUAUUGGGUGUACAUGAUCACUCGCCCAUUCUCUUUUCUCAAUCCGGUGAAACCCGAUAUGUUUCCUGAUAAUGGAACAUGCUGGAUUAAUGUCACUGAAUAUAUCAAGCUGUUAAGAGUGGUUCCAGAACAAAGUGUUACUUGUAAUUUGACCAUCAACAGUGGAAAUGAAUUGAUUUUCGAUAUUAUUGGAUACUAUCUUAUAUUCAUCACUGUUAUCACCUUUAUUGGAAAUAUUCGAUGCUACUAUGAAUUGGGAAAUUUGAGCGAAUAUAUCAAAGAUGUCUUAUCUAUUGAACUUGACGCGGAACAAAGGCAUCAAGAAAUUAUCGAAAUGUUUUUAAAGAGUCUUGGUUAUGAUGGUUACGUUACAUUGUAUCUAGUUGGCUGCGACAAUAUUUUUAUCAAGAGGGAGCUCAUUUUGCAGCUUUAUUCAGAUUACGUUGAAACGCACAAUGAGCUCAUGGAAUCUGACAAGGAAUAG